CUCUGCUUGUUCGAUUUUGCUUCGGGGGGUUUAAGAAAUGGCGACAAUCUCAACACUGUUCUCGUCACCCAAUCUGCUUCGCCGCCCAAUCUCAACACCGAAGCUGACCCUGAAAGCGACGCCGUUUCAGAAGCUGACCUCAAGAGGAAGCUAUCAGCGGCUGUAUGCUGUGGCCGAAGAAGUCGCGGCCGACCCGGAUUCCAAGGCCGCCAGGAGAGUCUACAUCGGCAACAUUCCGAGGACUGUGGAUAAUGCGGAGCUCACCAAAAUCGUGGAAGAACAUGGCGCUGUGGAGAAGGCCGAGGUGAUGUAUGAUAAGUACUCGGGAAGAAGUCGUAGGUUUGCGUUUGUUACAACAAAGACGGUGGAAGAUGCAAAUACCAUAGUUGACAAGCUCAAUGGAACUGAGAUUGAAGGGCGUGAGAUCAAGGUGAACAUAACGGAGAAACCCCUUCUGCAACCAGAUUUAUCACUUGUUCAGGCAGAAGAGUCACAAUUCGUCGACAGCCCCCACAAGGUUUAUGUUGGAAAUCUUGCAAAGGGAGUGACUACAGAAACACUCCAAAAGCUGUUCUCUGAAAAGGCCAAAGUGCUUAGUGCAAAGGUCUCCCGGGUUCCUGGAACAUCGAAAUCUAGUGGAUUUGGGUUUGUGUCUUUCUCUUCGGAGGAGGAUGUAGAUGCUGCCAUCUCAUCUUUCAACAACACUUUGUUUGAAGGCCAAAAAAUUCGCGUCAACAAGGCAUAAUAAACUGGCAGAACAUUCUACAUCAAAAACUGAAACAUCAGACCAUGUCUACUUAGUACAAAAGUCAAAGUAUAUUCUCUUCUGAUGGUUCUGAUCUCAAUGAUGUUGUCAUGACAUGAGGUUUUGUAGUCGAUCCUCAUAUAAGCUGAUCAGUUAAUAGACCAAAGCGUAUGAGAUACUGGUGCCUUAAUUUGAAACUAUCAGUUCUGGUAGAAGCUGAUGUUUAAUGAGUUUUUAUUUGUUGAAUUCGGUGCUCCGAGCUCGACAGCAUCAGGUGUCAUCAUUUGUAUUCAAUUAAUCCUUUUAAGCGUUAUGAUUAAAUUUGGUUGAA